AUGUCGAGCGACGAGAAAAUGCGGUCGUCUGUUGACGCCGCUCGCGAUACAGCUCAACCGGUCCUUCCGACUGUCAACCCGGAGGUGAAGCAACAGGAGAAGGCAGCGCUUCACCCAGCCGCUUACAUUGCAACAUGGAUUGCCAUGUCUGGUAGCGUCAUUGUUUUCAACAAGUACAUUUUGGACAGAGCGGGUUUCCCCUUCCCAAUUUUCCUCACCACAUGGCAUUUGCUAUUUGCGACAAUCAUGACACAGAUUUUGGCUAGAUUCACAAAUCUACUGGACUCUCGGAAGAAGGUGCCCAUGAGUGGCCGUGUAUACCUCCGUGCUAUUGUCCCAAUUGGUAUCUUCUUCAGUGUCAGCUUGAUCUGUGGUAAUCAGACCUAUCUGUAUCUCUCUGUGGCUUUCAUCCAGAUGCUCAAGGCCACCAUGCCCGUCGCUGUUCUUCUUGUCACCUGGGCUUUGGGCGUCGCUCCCCCGAACUGGAAGCAGCUCGGGAACGUGUCGUUCAUCGUACUCGGUGUAAUGAUCGCUUCUUUCGGCGAGAUCAAAUUCGACAUGACGGGCUUCCUCUACCAGGUCGCAGGUAUCCUCUUCGAGGCUACUCGCCUCGUCAUGGUCCAGCGCCUUCUCAGCUCUUCCGAGUUCAAGAUGGAUCCUCUGGUGUCUCUUUAUUAUUACGCCCCAUGCUGUGCUGUUAUGAACUUCAUCGUAUGGAUCUUCGCUGAAUCUCAUAAGAUGGGCAUGGUCGAUAUCCAGCGCGUCGGUGGUUUUACAUUAUUCGCCAACGCUACUGUAGCAUUCCUCCUCAACGUUUCUGUCGUCUUCCUGAUUGGCAAAACCUCCUCUCUUGUCCUAACUCUUUCUGGGGUACUGAAGGAUAUCCUCCUUGUUCUCUGCUCCAUGCUUCUCUUCCACGACCCAGUCUCUCUACUACAAGCCUUUGGUUACUCUGUGGCUCUCGGUGGCCUUGUCUACUACAAGCUUGGUACUGAUAAGCUCAAGGAGUACAUUGGUCAGGGCUCACGCUCAUGGGCGGAAUUUGGAGCAACCCGCCCAGCCUUGCGCAAGCUGAUUGUCUUCGGUGUCAUUCUGUUCACGAUGUUUGUUUUGCUUGGUGGCCUCGCCCCAACAUUCGCUCCGGAGCAGUAUAACUCUGCAGUCUCGAGCAUGCUCGGUGAGAAGGGAGUCUAA